GGUUGUUGUAUUGUACCACGAUCAAGCAGAACCAGAUCACUAGCUAGUCACCCUACCUAAACUUCCACCACCUCCACUAUGCUGUCGUGUCGACCGCUGGAGGAAGAGUAGCAAGCAGACAAGCGAAUCGACAAUCGACAGUGUCUCCAGUUUACCUGUUCGCUCGACGAGUUUCGUGAUGUACACAAGUUGAUUUAAUAUUAAAAGUUAGUUUUAGUAAAUACAGUGAUGUCGAACCAGAAAUCGCGUCUAUGCCACAUCCAGAAAUGGGAUAAUUUCGAUGGGUACGGCUUUAAUCUACACGCAGAAAAAGGCAAACCCGGCCAGUACAUCGGCAAAGUCGACGAGGGUUCACCCGCAGAAGCAGCGGGCCUAAAACAAGGCGAUAGAAUCUUGGAAGUCAAUGGGGAAAGUAUCGCGAACAAAACCCACAAACAAGUCGUAGAAUUAAUAAAAUCUCAAACAGGUGAGACCAAACUUUUAGUAGCAGAUCCUCAAGAAGAUGGUAUCAUUCCUACAGAAGUUAAUGAAAAACACGAGAAAAAGGAAGAAAAUGGCCAGUUGAACCUUAGCAUGACCGCUGCUGAACUACGAGCGAAACUAGCGGCUAAGAAGAAAUUUGAUCCCAAAAAAGAAGCUAUGGAUUUCAAACAAAAAUUUGAUAUAGUGCAAAAACUCUAAAGUGAAAACAACUACAAUAAAGAUUAUUUCUUGCGGAUGGAUAAAGUGACCUUGCAUCACAACAGGUGUUAUAUAAAUAAAUGAUGUGACAAGUGAAUAGGCUGCAAAUGUAACAGAUGAAUGAAUCUAUUUGUUUAAAACACAUGUAAACAAUAUCCAGAGUAUUAUUUUUUCAAAGUAAAUACACCAUAUAAACAAUCUUUUUGGUAAACAUUUAGGUAAGCUGUUUUUUACUUGUUUUACAAAUAUGUUUUUCUAUUUACUAAAAACAUUAACAACACUUUUGUCUAAGAUUAAAUCAUUUUUAAUCUCUUCUUAUUUAUAAUAAAUUUUGCCAAAAAUAUUGGUAAUCUGUGCCGGCUCGUAUUCUAAAUCUUUGUCGUCAAACAUUUUUAUUUUCUGUUGUCCGACAAUGAUUUUAGCACUCUUUAAGAAUUUGUAAUUAGGUACACUGAAAACAGGUUGUGAAGUUAGUGGUUUUGGCUAGUUAGCAUAAAUGCCAGAUGUUGUGUAAGAAAUUCUGAAAAUAAUUGCAUUAUCUUCAAUACCCAGUAAACACAAACCUCAACAUUUUUAUUUAUAGAUAAACACGUAAAAAAGCCAUUCACGUGAUCGGACAAUACAUGUAUAUUUAUAUAAUCUUUUCACGAUUUUAUAUACACUAAGAAAAAUAAUAUGCUUGCAUUUAUACUAUUUUAAAUAACUGUCAUUCAUAAAAUUUUUCAUGAUUACUACUUCGUGCGUGAAUUUUUAUGAAUUUUGGAAGAGUCGCAAAAAUAUUCUGCAUUUUGUUCUUUUGCUGUUUAAGAGUGUAAUUUAAUAAUGUACCUACUAAAGAACACAAAACAAAAUAAACUUGUAAUACUCAAAAACAAAAUAAAUUGUAAUUUUAUUAUUAAUAUUAUGCCAUUUCACUGAUUUAACCAUAGCUUUAAUAUUUUAUUCAAUUUUUGGUGGUGCCUAUCAGUUAAUAAGACUUUUAUCAAGAUAUAAAAAAUUAAUAAAUCUAAAUUUAAAAUUGUUCUGAAGCUAUUUUCUUGUGGUAUCUUAAUGCAGUUUAUAGCCCGAUCAAGGAACACAAAACUUUACGAAAACCUCCAAAAAAUAAAGGAAGAAUGACAAUUUGGGAAUAGGUAGUUGAAAUUGUCUAUUAUUAUAUAAGAAAAAGUUUACAAUUCUACAUCACUAACAUCACCUCCAUUUUACAAAAAUUCCCCUUCUCGGGGGUGAAAAUAUACAUUCAAAAUAAGUCCGUAAUUGGAUAAAAUGACUAAUUCUAUGCAACUUUUGCUCUUUAGAGUCUUUUCACUAAGUCAAUACUUUUCGAGUUAUUUACGAGUGAAUAAGUUCAUUUUUAACAAAAAAAAAAAACAUGCUUUCGGACGGUUUUUCGCAAAUAACUCAAAAAGUAGGUAUUUUAUCAAAAAAAAUAUUGGUUUAUGCAUGAAGUCUGUUGACCCAGUAGAAGCAGAGUUGUAGCUAAUGAAAAGUAGGUUCUUUUUCGUCUAAAUUCCAAAUCGAAUAUUUCAACGUGAAAUGACCAAAAACGGAGCUCUUUUUAUGGAAAACUCAUUACAAAUUUUUUAAAGUGUUUAAAAAAAGGUUUAUUUUUGUUUUUUAACAAACUUCUAACAUUAAAAUUAAGUGAGUUACGCUCAAAACAUUGUUGGUAACUUUUAUUUUUUGGUAAAAAAAUCGCGCAAAUUACCUCCUAAUUAGUAUCCCAAAUAAAAUUAAUCGUUACCGCCUCACAAGUUACUUUACUUAUGUAUUCUUUAUAUGAUCUAUAAGUUUCAUCGGUUCAGUGUGCUUGUUUUUGAAAAGGUUGUAGUUAAAAUGGCUUGAACGAGUCACUAAUCACGAGUGUAUGCAAAUUUUUAACAGUCAUAGCAUAACCAAUUUUUGUCUACCAGGAAAACAAAAAAAUCCAAAAUAUUCAAGAAAGCAAAACGUACAUUUUAUUACUCUUUGAGAUUUUUGGUAUUACUAAUAAAUUGUUGUUAUUUUGAAAAAAAAAAUGGAAUUUUUUUCAAAAUUAGAAUUUUUUUUUUAUUUUAAAACCAUUUUUUUUUCAAAAUGAACAGUUUGAACCAAUGAAACUUAUAGAUCAUUAUAAAGAAUACAUAAGCAAAGUAACUUGUGAAGCUUUGGGGUGCUAAUUAGGGGGUGAUUUUCGCGAUUCUUUUUACCAAAAUAUAAAAGGCAGCAACAAUAUUUUGAGCGUAAUUCACUUAAUUUUAAUGUUAGAAGUUAAAAAAAAAACAAAAAUAAACCUUUUUUAAACACUUCAAAAAAGUUAUGAGUUUUUCCCGGAAAGUGCUCCGUUUUUUGGUUAUUUCACUUUGAAAUAUUCGAUUUGGAAUUGGACGAAUAAGAACCUACUUUUCAUUAGCUACAACUCCGCUUGUACUAGGAAUACAGACUUCAUAAGUACACCAUUCUUUUCACUAUUUUAUAGGCUAUAUUUUUACUAAGAAUAUCUUUUUCGAUAAAAUACUUACACUUUGAGUUAUUUUCGAAAACCGUCCAAAACAUGUUUUGGGUUGUUAAAAAUGAACAUAUUCACUCGCAAAUAACUCGAAAAGUGAAAAAACUCUAUAGAACAACAGUUGCUAAGAAUUAGUCAUUUUAUCCAAUUCCGGACUUAUUUUGAAUGUAUAUUUUUUCACCCCUGAGAAGGAGUAUUCCAUAGAAUUGAAAACUUUUAUAGACAAUAGACAAUUUCAACUACUUAUUCCGAAAUUUUCAUCCUUUCUUUAUUUUUUUUUUGGUCAGAUUGUUCUUUGAUCGGGCUAUUAGUAUUUUUGAUGGAAAUAAGUCACAAUUUUUUACUUUAUAAUCAAGUUUAUUUGACGUUUUCCACUUCGAAAAUCGUUAGCAAAAUACAAACCAUUAAUGUUUUGUAUUAAUGUUUUUGUAUUUUAUUUUAUGAAAUAAACAUAAUUUUAAAGUAAAUUUGUGGCUUAUUCCGACGAAAAUUAAUCGUUACCGCCUCACAAGUUACUUUACUUAUGUAUUCUUUAUAUGAUCUAUAAGUUUCAUUGGUUCAAUGUGCUUGUUUUUGAAAAGGCUGCAGUUAAAAUCGCUUGAACGAGUCACUAAUCACGAGUGUAUGCAAAUUCUUAACAGUCAUAGCAUAACCAAUUCUUGUCUACCAGGAAAACAAAAAAAUCCAAAGUAUUCAGGAAAGCAAAACGUACAUUUUAUUACUCUUUGAGAUUUUUGGUAUUACUAAUAAAUUGUUAUAAGUUAUUUUGAAAAAAAAAAUGGAAUUUUUUUCAAAAUUAGAAAUUUUUUUUAUUUUAAAACCAUUUUUUUUCAAAAAUGAACAGUUUGAACCAAUGAAACUUAUAGAUCAUUAUAAAGAAUACAUAAGCAAAGUAACUUGUGAAGCUUUGGGGUGCUAAUUAGGGGGUGAUUUUCGCGAUUCUUUUUACCAAAAUAUAAAAGGCAGCAACAAUAUUUUGAGCGUAAUUCACUUAAUUUUAAUGUUAGAAGUUAAAAAAAAAACCUUUUUUAAACACUUUAAACAAGUUAUAAUGAGUUUUUCCCGGAAAGUGCUCCGUUUUUUGGUUAUUUCACGUUGAAAUAUUCGAUUUGGAAUUUGACGAAUAAGAACCUACUUUUCAUUAGCUACAACUCCGCUUGUACUGGGAAUACAUACUUCAUGCGUACACCAUUCUUUUCACUAUUUUAUAGGCUAUAUUUUGACUAAGAAUAUUUUUUUCGAUAAAAUACUUACUUUUUGAGUUAUUUUCGAAAACCGUCCAAAACAUGUUUUGUGUUGUUAAAAAUGAACAUAUUCACUCGCAAAUAACUCGAAAAGUGAAAAAACUCUAUAGAACAACAGUUGCUAAGAAUUAGUCAUUUUAUCCAAUUCCUGACUUAUUUUGAAUGUAUAUUUUUUCACCCCUGAGAAGGGGUAUUCCAUAGAAUUGAAAACUUUUUCUUAUAUAAUAGACAAUUUCAACUACUUAUUCCGAAAUUUUCAUCCUUCCUUUAAUUUUUUUUUGGUCAGAUUGUUCUUUGAUCGGGCUAUUUGUAUUUUUGGUGGAAAUAAGUCACAAUUUUUAUUUUAUAAUCAAGUGUAUUUGACGUUUUCCACUUCGAAAAUCGUUAUCAAAAUACAAACCAUUAAUGUUUUGUAUUAAUGUUUUUGUAUUUUAUUUUAUGAAAUAAACAUAAUUUUAAAGUAAAUUUGUGACUUAUUCCGACGAAAAUACUAAAUUUUAAUCAGGUUUAUACUUUUCUGUUAAACCAAAAAAGUCUUUUAAUAGUACAGGGCGCAUCUGUAAAAAUAUGAGUACUUACAUUUUGUAUGUUGAGAGGUGACUCAUAUUUUUUUUUCAGAAAUUGCUUGGAAACAACUCAUAUAAUAAUAAUUUAUUUAUCUUCCCACUCAAAACGGUCCGAAACAUUGUUUAAAUAAUUAAAAUGUCAAAAAAUGAGGAAAAAAAUCGAUUUUUUCUUCGUUUUUUGAUUAACCCUUUAAUAAAAGUAUUCAUUUCCGAGAAAAGUUGUACUGACAUAAAAGUUGCGCAAUGUCCUGCAAGAUAGGGUUGGUUAGACAUUUUAAAAAUUGUCGCCUUUGUUGCAAAGUAGCAAUAAUUGUGAAAAAAAAACCAUAAAAAACACCAGUGCUACACUUAGGACCUUCAUAUUUCACCCAGAAAAACUUUAUGGGAUAUUAGGUUUGUUCGUAGUACGAUCCAAUCGAUCAGCAACCGUUACCAACCAUCAGACGCAUGCGCAGUUAACAGUUAGCGCUGCGCAGUUAACAGUUCGAGUUCGUAGACUACGAACGCGCUUGCGUCUGACGGUUGGCAACGGUUGCUGAUCGUUCUACGAACAAACCUAAUAAAACAAUACUGUAAAUUUUAUUAAGAUCGUUUCAAUAGAAAAAAAUUUGCAAUCCAGGUUUCGCAAAAAAAUGCAUUUUUUCAAAAUUUUGCACAGCUGAAAAUAAAGUUGAAAUAUUUUUUACAUAUAGAAGCACACUGUACCUUUCAUUUGCAAUUUGCAAAAUUAAAAUCGGUUAAUUAGCACAGCCUCAGGAAUUUUUUUAAAUAAACAUUAUUUCUUUUGCUUAUAAACAAAUAAAAUAUCUUUUAAACUACGCAAUCAAAUUAAAUUUAUAAAGGUCAUUGGAAAGGUCUUUAAAAAACGAUUCUUUUAAAAAAUGGUAGGUUAUAAAAUGUAUAAAAAAAAAUAAAAAAUAAAAUUUUGCAUUGAGGAUCGAACUCGUGUACGUGUAUAUUAGGUUAUAAGUCAAGCAAAUUAAAAUGUAUCCAAUGAGACAUGCGAGCUGAACGCUUAAAAGUUUUUGACAGUUGGUCGUAAUAUUUGCUUGUCUGAAUUAAUCAAAUUAGUUUGAUUUUUGUGGAAUUAAAAAUAUUUAAAAUACAAUAAAAUAUAGAGUAAGGAAAUAAUAUAAAAAUUGGUAGAAAUUUUGUUGGAAAUCAAAUUAUGUAAAUCGAACAUUUUACAUUUUCCAAAUAGAAUACAUAUGUAAUUUUUGAUUACAAUACCAAAAUAUUUACACUUAAGUACCUGUUCCUUUUAAAAACUAUUUAAAAAGUCACUACAAGUAUAAACUUACUUUUUUCUCUGUUCUCACAACAAUAAAAACUAAACAACCUAACAACUAUUAACAACAACACAUUUGUUUGUCCACAGCCGCAAUAUUCGAUAAUUUUUGACAGGUCAUUGGAAUGCCCAAUCAGAGCAAACGUAUCCGCUGUCCUGCGCGUAGCACCAAAAAUUAAUGUUUAUUUAAAAAAAUUUCUGACGCCGUGCUAAUUAACCGAUUUUAAUUUUGCAAAUUGAAAAUGAAAGGUACAAUGUUCUUCUAUACGUAAAGAAAAAUUCAACUUGCUAUCUGAUUUAUUUUGAGUCCGGUAAAAUUUUGAAACAUUGCAUAUUUUUUUUUGCAAAAGAUGGAUUGCAAAAUUUUUUUUGCAAAAUCUAUUGAACUGAUCUUAAUAAAAUUUACAGUAUUAUUUUAUUAUAUAAUAAUGUUUUUCUGAGUGAAAUAUGAAGGUCCUAAGUUUAUCAUAAAUCGUUGAAACAGUAAAAUGCAAAUACUUGUUUUUUAUGUUUUUUUCCCAAUUAUUGCUAUUUUGCAACAAAAGUGACAAUUUUUUAAAUUUCUGACCAAUCCCAUCUUGUAGGAAAAUUAAGUACGCAACUUUUAUGUUAGUGCAACUUUUCUCGGAAAUGAAUACUUUUUAAAGUUACAAUCAAAAAACGAAGUAAAAAAUCGAAUGUUUUCUUCAUUUUUAGACAUUUGGAUUAUUUAAACAAUGUUCCGGACCUUUUUGAGUGGGAGGAUAACUCAAUUAUUAUUAUAUGAGUUAUUUUCAAGCAAUUUCUGCAAAAAAAUAUGAUUCACCUCUCAACAUUCAUCUCAAAACAGAUGCGCCCUGGACUAUAAAGCCCAUUCUAAAUUAUCAAUUUUCUCAAUUCACAAUGGUUUGAAAUAGGUCCCUACUAAGCUUUUUAAUUUAUUUUAAAAUUAGGAUAAAAAUGUAAGAAGAAAAUUAUUAGGACAGUAGAUAAAAAAAUCAAAUGUAUAAAUCAGAGAGCAAAGUUUUUAACUAUCGUCUAUGUUGAACUCUAUAUUGUUGAAUCUCAAAGUGGGGUCCUAAUUUAUUCAUCCCGUUCCAUUUUCCGUCGCUUUUUACCUGCUUACAGUUAUGUAUUACAGAAAUUUCAAGAAAUAUAUAUUACACCCCUAUAAAAAAAUUGUUUUCUUUAAACUAUCAAAAGCAACUUUUAUGUUUUCUAGAUCUCGAUUCUUACUUAACUAUGACGUCUCAGCUUUUCAAUCGUUUUAAAAAAAUUUCAAAUCUAUAAUAAAAUAAAUGUUAUUACGAAUAUUUCAUCAUCAUAAUUCAAUCUUCGCUUGUCCACUGCCGAACAUAGAUCUUCCUCAUAAUUUUCCAUCUAUUUCGAACUUGUGCCUCUUGCAUAUAAUUAUUAUGACAACGCUUUAGAUCCAACGUGUUGGUGGACGACCUCUGCUUCGGUAGGCAUCAUCUCUUGUUCUCCAUUCCAAUAUCCGUUUUGUCCAUCUUUUAUCUGUCAUUCGAGCCACGGUGACCUGCACAGUUAAUUUUCAACUGGUGCAAAUAUUUCAACCCAUGUUAAAUAAAUAUGUACACUCAUGGACAAAAAUAUGGAAUAUUUUGAAAUCAUCGUAAAUAUGUUCAAUAUGAUGGAUUAACGUUACCAAAACACGUUUUUCUAAAGAAAAAACUUUAUUUAACCCUCCGAUGUACACACUGCGGUACUCCGUGCCGCAUUUUAAAGUUUUAAUAAUAGUAGAGGAUACGAUAUAAGGUCGAACUGCACCGAUCUGUUUAAUGGAAAAAAAUUAUUUUAUAUGUAAAUUAAAGUAUGUUCAACAUUAUAAAAAACAAGGGGUGCCUGAUAUAUGAUAUAAUCCUGUUCUGACUAUAAUUAAUUAAUAAUUAAAAAAUGAUUUUUUUUAUAAAUUUGACUGACGUGUUUAACAAAAAAAAAAUUAACACUAUUGGUAAGUGCAAAGCCUAUAGGAUAUGUAAAAAUAAAGGUGCCUGUAAAAAGCCUGUUCUAAAUGGGGGUUGCCUAAUUUUUAAAAUUUUACAGCGUCUACUUAUAAAUAAUUGAACAUGUGUUGAACACGUGUAUUUCAAAAAAUGUUAAUUUCGGCCAAGAGUGACUUUGGCCUUUCGAAAAUUGUUAUUAUAAAACGGUAUUAAUAAUCAAAAAAUAUGUUUUAGUGCGGAAUUACAUCAUUAUAUGUAAUUAAAAAAAAUUGCAAUUUUUCUGAAAUUACUAAACUUCAUUUUUAUUUCUUACAAGUAGGAUAACUCUUUUAUUACCUAUCAAUUUUGAGAAAAAAAGUAAUUGUUCAUAAAUAGCUUUGAAUUGUCUAAAACCUAAGGUGCAGCCAUCAUCAAUUUUAUAUACUUUAUACGAGGUAUAUAAAAAAAUUGAAUUUCGCUCCGGAGAAAAGUUAUUCAGUAUUAAAUAUAUGUUGCAAUAUAGAAGAAUAUCCUUAUAAUUUGAAAUAUUCUGAAAUAUAUAAAGGUAUAAAAAAUCUCUUUAGCGAAAUUCAUUGGCAAAAUGGGCCAACUUGGCAAAAUUGGCAAAAAGGGAAAAUCACUGCCAAAAACUCGCAAUAUAUGUAUACAGUGAUGAGCGUGCUAAUAACCGGCAAAAUAGCGCAAAAGAUGGAGAACAUAUUAAAUUGUGAGAUAAAAGGGAACAAAACUAGUAGAGUUGUUAAAUUUAGCGAUAGUAACUUAUAGAUUGACAUUAUAUUGAUUGUUUCCCACCUUUAGACGUAGCAGAGGAGUACUUCAACUAAAACUGUCACUGUGACAGUGGCAUUUCUCAAACUCGUCCGAUACGUCUAAAGGUGGAAAACAAUCAAUAUAAUGUCAAUCUAUAAGUUACUAUCGCUAAAUUUAACAUCUCCACUAGGUUCAUCUCUUUUUAUCUUACAACUUAAUAUGUUUUCCAUCUUUUGCGUUAUUUUGCCGGUUAUAAGUGCGCUCAUAUAUUAUUCAUUAUAAAUAAAGCAUUUAAAUAUCGUUAUAAAUUGCAACCAGAAAGCAACACAUAGUUACUUGAAACGUUUAUCUUUUUCAAGGAUGUAAAUAUAAAUGAACAAUGUCAGUUGUCAAAAAUUUCAAAUUAAAAAAUAAAAAAUAAUUAUUAAAGAUAUUUUAUUCAGUACAAGAAUUUUAUUAUUCAAAACCAUAAAUUAUGGACCAUGGACGUUAAAUGUGGAGACAAUGAGACGACUUAACGCCUUUGAAAUGUGGACCUAUAAGUAGAAGAAUUGUGAGGGUUUCCUGGGUAGAUAGAGUUACGGACAAUGAAGUACUGAGAAGAAUAGGUAAAGAGAAGGAAGUUGAACUUACAAUUAAAGAAAGAAGGCUACAGUAAGUCGGAAAUGUGAUAAUUUUAUUUCAAUUUGUGCAUAUAAUAUACCUAAAAGCACCUAAACUAUUAAAUUUUGAAGUUUGAACUCUUGACAAAACCGCGUCCAUAGAAAAAGUACAGUGUACAACACAUGAGAAAAUUACAUAUUUCUCCCUCGCUUGAUUUGCGGCCCUCGCCUAGUUCCUCGGCUCGUGCCAACAAAUGUCUGCGCUCGUGAGAAAUAUGUCGUUUUUUCUUAUUUGUUGUACAGUAUACUAUUCCUUACAGGAAAUUCCUGUAAGGAAAUAAGAUUUCCAUACAGAUAUUUUUCGUUUCCAGGCAACAGCUAAAUAUAUGGAAAUAUCGAACGUUCCUUUCAAAAAAGUUGUCAAAAAUGUCUAAAUUCCUGACCGAUUUUAGGAUUUGUAUUGAAAAAUAUAUUAUAAUAUAUUUCAAUAUUUAAUGUUUACAGUUUUUUUUUUAAUUAAUCUAAUGUAAAUAUAUUUCCAAAUUAUUGGAUAUUUCAUAGUACUUGUAAUUAUAUAAGUACCUACAUAUAUUGCGAGCUUUUGCCAGUGAUUUUCCUUUUUUGCCAAUUUUGUCAAUGAAUUUCGCUCAAGAGUUGUUUCAUACUUUUAUAUUUCAGAAUAUUCCAAUUUUAAGGAUAUAAUUCUAUAUUACAACAUACUUUUAAUGCUGAAUAUCUUUUUUCCCGAGCGAAAUUCAUAUUUUUUGACAUAUCCCGUUAUAAAAUUUAUAAAAUUGAUGAUGGCUGCACCUUAGAUUUUAGACAAUUCAAAGCUUUUUAUGAACAAUUGCUUUUUUUCGCAAAAUUGAUAAUAAAAGAGUUAUCCUACUUGUAAGAAAUAAAAAUGAAGUUUAGAAUCUAAUUUCGGAAAAAUUUGCAAAUUUUUUUUCAAUUAUAAUGAUGUAAUUGCGCACUAAUACAUAUUUUUUGAUUAUUAAUACCGUUUCAUAAUAACAAUUUUCGAAAGGUCGAAGUCACUCUUGACCGAAAUUAACAUUUUUUGAUAUAAUUCGUAUAAGAUUGACAAAAUUUGACAUCUGAUAGUUGAAUCAUAGGAUUUACAUCAUGCAGAACUUUUUAUAAAGAAUAACUUUUUUUCGUAAAAUUAGUAAUAACAAAGUUUUACACAUGUUCAAUUAUUCAUAAGUAGACGCUGUAAAAUUUUAAAAAUUAGGCAACCCCCAUUUAGAACAGGCUUUUUACAGGCACCCCUAUUUUUAAAUAUCCUAUAGGCUUUGCACUUACCGAUAGUGUUAAUUUUUUUUGUUAAACACGUCAGUCAAAUUUAUGAAAAAAAAUCAUUUUUUAAUUAUUAAUUAAUUAUAGUCAGAACAGGAUUAUAUCAGGCACCCCUUGUUUUUUAUAAUGUUAAACAUACUAAUUUACAUACAAAAUAAUUUUUUUCCAUUAAACAGAUCGGUGCAGUUCGACCUUAUAUCGGAUCUUAGACUGUAAGUUUUACCAAUACAUACUAGUUCUUUCGUACUCGUAUACACUAGUAUCUAUUUAGAUGUGUACGAGUGACUAUCUUUAAAAUACUAUCUGCGGCCUGCGGCUAUUGCAUUUUCUGAAGUGUUUUAUCAGUUUGAUAUUGAGCGUUAGAGUGAGAGUUAUUCAAUAAUUUUUUUGCAAAAAUUAAAGUGAGAAAAAAAUUCAGAGCAAUGUGUGUUUAUAAGACUAAUUCAAUUAUUUUGUAUUUAGGUAUUUUACUUUUGGGAUGUUUGUGAAAUUUUUGAUAUUUUUAAUACAUCUAAUACCGUUUUUUAUAUAUGUUUAAAGUGAAAAUUAAAAACAAAAUUAAGCAUACUUAA